CUGACGGCGAACUACAGCUCCUCGGCUUCGAGUGUCGGGCGGUGUCCCGGGAGGAGAGUGAGGACCGCGGCGGACCCCGCGGAGAGGGGCGCUGGGGACGGCGGCGAUGUGCGGCGCCGGCUGGCCGGGGGUAGCGGUUUGAUCUAGACGGGCGCUUCCUCUGCGCGCUCGCUCCCCGGGGCCUGCACCGGCCAUGCGCCCGGCCUUCGCGGUGGGCCUGGUGUUCGCGGGCUGCUGCAGCAACGUGGUCUUCCUGGAGCUGCUGGUCCGGAAGCAUCCAGGAUGUGGGAACAUCGUGACAUUUGCACAGUUCUUAUUUAUUGCUAUAGAAGGGUUCUUCUUUGAAGCUGACUUGGGAAGGAAGCCUCCAGCUAUCCCAAUAAGGUACUAUGCCAUCAUGGUGACCAUGUUCUUCACUGUCAGUGUGGUGAACAACUACGCUCUCAACCUUAACAUCGCCAUGCCCCUGCACAUGAUAUUCAGAUCCGGUUCUCUAAUUGCUAGCAUGAUUCUGGGAAUUAUCAUUUUGAAGAAAAGAUACAGCAUUUUCAGAUAUACCUCCAUUGCAUUGGUGUCCACAGGGAUAUUUAUUUGCACCUUCAUGUCAGCAAAACAGGUGACUUCCCAAUCCACCUUGAGUGAGAACGAUGGAUUCCGGGCAUUUGCAUGGUGGUUACUAGGUAUUGGAGCACUGACUUUUGCUCUGCUGAUGUCAGCCAGGAUGGGUAUAUUUCAAGAAACACUAUACAAACAAUUUGGGAAACACUCCAAGGAGGCUUUAUUUUACAAUCACGCCCUUCCACUUCCUGGUUUUAUUUUCUUGGCUUCUGAUAUUUACGACCAUGCAGUUCUGUUCAACAAGUCUGAAUUAUAUCAAGUUCCAGUCAUCGGUGUGACAAUGCCUGUCAUGUGGUUCUACCUCCUCAUGAAUGUCAUCACUCAGUACGUGUGCAUCCGGGGCGUGUUCAUCCUCACAACAGAGUGCGCCUCCCUCACCGUCACGCUCGUUGUAACUCUACGCAAGUUUGUGAGCCUCCUGGUUUCCAUCUGGUACUUCCAGAAUCCCUUCACGCGGUGGCACUGGCUGGGCACCUCGUUUGUCUUCUGUGGGACCUUACUGUACACAGAAGUGUGGAACAACCUAGGGACUACGAAAAGUCAGCCACCGAAGGAUGGCAAGAAGGACUGAGGUCCGCCUGCAAGAUGGAGCAGUGUUGCGUGGGGGAGGCCUGCUGGUGGUCUGGCCACCGCGUCACUUGGGUUAAGUGGAGUGCUCCCAGUACUGAAGCAACGUACUCCAGGGGAAUUCACAAGUAGAAGGCACAGCCGCGAGAUGACCUCUUGUGGCUGUCUGCACAUUUGCGGACCGAGUAGACAUCCCUCAACGCUGAAGUAGACAAAAAACAACAACCAAAAACCUAGUUCUGCUCUAUCAGACAGCCUUCACAUUUGCUUUUCUGUUUCAUCUACCAAAAGAUUUAGAGCUGUAUUUGUUGGUUAAAUACCGAGCCCCAGGGCUUCUAGUUUGAUGUCUGUGGCCUCAGAGAAGUGGCGGCUUUUGUUACGAUUCUGACAGUUUUCUCCCAUGACAGUCAUGGCCAUCCUUGGCCACAUCCCAUUUCCUCCCGUCUCCCUCCACUCCUCAGCAGCACUGUGCAGGCCAUCAGAAACUCCAGCCACCACCGGCCACUGAGAAACCCACUGGUCAAGGGAACCAAGACCCCAAUGGGG